GGGUCGUCAUCAAAGAAAUGGCGACUUGCUUGAACGAACACAAUGACAACAAACUUUAAAAAUCGGCUAACGAAAUGAAUAGACAAGAUAAAUAAUGUUGCAGGACGAUUUAUAAUGACCGACCGGAAAAAGCAUGACGCUUGCAGGAGUGAGUUCAGUGAAAUGUGGAAUCAUGCACUUUCUAAAAACAGACCGAGAUCGAACAAAUCAAGGAAAAAAACUAAACAUACCCAACUAUCACCAUGCGUUAACUCUUCAAGUUCUCCCAAAGUUUUGGAGACCCCCAGGUGCAGAGGAAGACUAGGAUACACCAACUUGAAUAGUGGAGAUUCCCCUGGUGAUGGAGAAAUGGUGCAUGACAUCAUAUGGGACCCCACAUCACCUUCUGGAAACAAUGGGAAAGGGCCCGGAGAAACUAAAGUUGUCAAGAUCUCAGACAUUGUCAAUCGCAUUGCUCCAAAGGAUACCAAACCUACCAGUGUUGAGUCAGCCUUGUUACAGUGGAUUGGGGACAGUGCUGUCCCUUGUACCCCUGAAGCCCGUCCACCAAGUGUCAAAAGGAAGUCAACACGGCAAAGCAAUGUGGAGGACCUCAUGAGACUGGCCAAGCAGUUUGACAUCAGUAUGCACCAGCAAGACAAAGAGAGCCUUGAACAAAGAAACAACACCCUCAAUAACCUCAGCAAACACAACACAGCAGCCGGACGCUCAUCCGGUGAGAUUCUGCCCGUCGUUUGCGUGGAGGAACGCAGUCUGUCCUCCAGGUCCCAGCAAGCGGAGGAGGAGCUACAUGCUCUGUUUGACGGGCCGACUCAGCAAAUUAGCAGCCGUCUGAGUCAGGGUUCAUCUGCGUCCUCUUAUUCACAAGACAUGAAGGAUCAGCCUGGGGUAUCCCACCUCGCCACCCACAGGUCAGAGGUCAAGUUUGGUCCUGUACCAUGUCCCGGUGAAGUGGACGGGAUUUCCAUAGGUGCGUCGGUCCAAGCGGACGUUUUUGACGAUGACUGGGAGAACGAUGACCUCCUCAAUGACUCAAAUGUGCUUGAGAUGAACUCUGAGCCACAGGCGGAAGUGGCACCCAAACCCAGCUCACAAACAUGCACUAUCAAAAAUUACCUUGCUACAGAAUCUCUUCCAGUUAUAACUACAUGUAGGCCUACAAGUGUGCACUGUCCUGAUCAGGUGUCCAUUGUACACCCUCAAGCCAGCAGAAGCAACCUUACAGGGCUGUGUCCCAAACCAAAGACUACCAACCGAAGCACUUUCAAGCUAGACCCCAAUCCCUACUUCCCGGGCAAGAUGUCUGCCACCAGAGAAGUACCCAAAACGUGCCUUACUCUAGUAAAACCCCAGCCUUUAACUCAAAGGCUUGAUCAGGGUUGCUCUACAGCCACGCCAGGCUCUUCUUUUGCAGUGACUUCAGACCAGCGGACAGAGAACUCUCUAAAGGACGUCUCAGACGUGCACUUUAAGUCCCUUUUCGACUCCGAGUCCCAGUGGGACGAGGGGGAUGACGAUGAACUGUUGUACCAGGUGUGUGACAAGGUGGAGAGGAUCUCCUACAGUCAGCCAGAGUCCGCGACCAGCUCUGACUGCCGGAAACAAUUCGACGUAAUCAAGCGAAAAAUGUCCACGCCCAUGAUCAUUGAUGGAGAUCGGUCUGUGAACAGAGGGUCAUGCAGUUACAUCCGUUCUAACUCUGCACCGGGAACCAGCAUCCCAACGGAGAACUUCCAGUUAUGGAACGUUCCAUAUCAAGCUGCCAACCGUUCCAUUGUGACUCAGAGCCCCUCAGGUGGUGGGGGGGGCAUGUUCGCCCAGGCUACUAGUGCUCCUGGUGGGGGAUCAAUAAGCCAUGGGACCUGUGCUACCUUCCAGUCUGUGGACAAUAAGACAACUAUGCAGCCACAUACAGUCUUGGCCAGGAACUCCAACUCCCAUCAUGCAUCAUUCAAGAGACAUCUGUCCGACUCUGCAACCAUGAACAACAAAGUUUUUGUCACAAGUGGCAUGGCGGGGAAGUGUUCUGCGCUGGAGAUUGAGAGGAAGAAGCAGGAGGCGAUAGCCAGGAGAAGAACACGGAUGCAGGCCCAGAACCAAGGAGGAGCGUCGUGUUGAUGCACUGUCCAGAAAGAAGACCAAGCUAAAGACUCCAUCAUGCCACUCCCUAGCCAAAGUAGGAAUAGUCUGCAUCUUUGUUAUUGUCUAGCUAAUAUGCUAUCUAUGCCAUCUAAGGGUCUGACUAAAUGACUAUUAAAAUAUGAUCAAAACAUCUUACCUUUCAAUUCAUGUGUUCACACAUGCAUACUGUAAGGCUAUGGCCUUAUGAAAAAGUACUGAGAGAAAUUAACAUUCAUUGUGAUGGGUGAUUUUGCCAUGAAGACCUUUAAACAGGUCUGAUUGUUGAAAAGUUAAUUUGAUUCAUUGUUUGUUGGCUAUUUGGACUCGAAGCUCUUUUUCGUAUGAGGACCAUACUAUUAGAAAUGAGGGAUUAUUCAUGUGAGACUAAUAUCAAGAUGAAUUUCCUUUCUGACCCUUCAUCUCUCACACCUGCUGUAUUAGGAUUCUGUGGGACAACGUUUGUCUUUGUGCUUACUGGAGAAUUCUGUGUUCUCCAUACCCACAAUCCAGCUAUUAUUGGGCAGUAAGAGAUGUGCUCUCA